GAGAGGGAGUUAGAGCAGACAUGAAACAAACGUGGGGCUCACAAAGUCUCCGGAGCAUGAACAAACUCACCUUGCUGUUUUUCCUGUUGGCCCUGUGCUUUCUUGUCGGCGAAACUGUUAACCCAUGUUGCUCAGAGCCAUGCCAGAACAGGGGUGUCUGCACACCACUGGGCUCAGAAAAAUACGAGUGUGACUGCACACGCACGGGGUACUAUGGGCAAAACUGCACAACACCUGAGUUCUUCACCUGGAUCAAAGUGUCUCUGAAGCCAACACCCAACACAGUCCACUACAUCCUGACCCACUUCAAGGGUUUCUGGAACAUCGUCAACAGCAUCUCAUUCCUCAGGGAUGCCAUCAUGAGAUAUGUGCUGACAUCCCGAUCCCACAUGAUUGACAGUCCUCCAACUUAUAAUGCUGAUUACGGCUAUAAGAGCUGGGAAGCCUACUCCAACCUUUCCUACUAUACACGCUCCCUCCCCCCUGUGCCGCAGGAUUGCCCAACCCCUAUGGGAGUAGCAGGCAAAAAGGAGCUACCUGAUGUUAAAGUUCUGGCUGAGAAGCUCUUAAUGAGGAGACAGUUUAUACCAGACCCGCAGGGCACCAGUUUGAUGUUUGCCUUUUUCGCACAGCACUUCACCCACCAGUUCUUCAAAUCUGACAUGAAGAGAGGGCCUGCUUUCACUGUUGCUAAGGGUCAUGGGGUGGACCUCAACCACAUCUACGGUGACAACCUGGAGAAGCAGCACAAGCUGAGACUCUUCAAAGACGGCAAGCUGAAAUAUCAGAUGCUCGAUGGAGAGAUGUACCCCCCUACAGUUAAGGAAGUGGGUGUCGAGAUGCAUUACCCCCCUCACGUCCCAGAUUCUCACCGCUUCGCUGUCGGCCACGAGGCAUUUGGCCUGGUCCCUGGUCUGAUGAUGUACGCCACCAUCUGGCUCCGCGAACACAACCGUGUGUGCGAUGUGCUGAAAGAGGUCCACCCAUACUGGGAUGACGAAAGACUCUUCCAGACCGCACGGCUCAUCCUAAUCGGUGAGACCAUCAAAAUCGUGAUUGAGGACUACGUGCAGCAUCUGAGCGGCUAUCACUUCAAACUCAAGUUUGACCCCGAGCUGCUCUUUAACCAGCGCUUCCAGUACCAGAACCGCAUUGCAUCUGAGUUCAACACCCUUUACCACUGGCACCCUCUGAUGCCUGAUAGUUUCCACAUUGAGGAGACAGAUUACAGCUACAAGCAGUUUGUCUUCAACACCUCUGUCGUGACCGAGCACGGCAUCAACAACCUGGUGGAGUCGUUCACCAAUCAGAUUGCCGGACGGGUUGCUGGUGGUCGAAAUGUCCCCGGACCCAUCUUGUAUGUGGCCAUUAAGUCCAUAGAGAACAGCAGACAAAUGCGUUACCAGUCCCUUAACGCCUACAGGAAACGAUUCUCCAUGAAGCCCUACACGUCUUUCGAAGACCUGACAGGGGAGAAAGAAAUGGCUGCGGUGCUGGAGGAGCUGUACGGGGACGUCGAUGCUGUGGAGCUCUACCCGGGCCUGCUGGUGGAGAAGCCCAGACAUAACGGCAUCUUUGGGGAAACAAUGGUGGAGAUGGGGGCUCCUUUCUCCCUCAAGGGCCUAAUGGGAAAUCCCAUCUGCUCCCCGGAGUACUGGAAGCCCAGCACCUUCGGAGGCACAGUCGGCUUCGACGUGGUCAACACCGCCUCGCUCCAGAAGCUGGUGUGCAAUAACGUGCGGGGUCCCUGCCCCGUGGCGUCCUUUCAUGUGCCCGAUGUUAAAGAGACCGGGCCCAUGAUCAUCAACUCAAGCACGUCGCAGUCGCAGGGCAGCGACAUCAACCCCACCAUUAUUUUGAAAGAAAGGACUACUGAGCUCUAGUUUUAUUUAAGCGUGUUGUUGUUGUUGUUGUUGUUGUUGUUUUUAAAAAAACACAAGAAAGUUUUAUUUAUUUAUUUAUUUGUAUAUUUAUUUUAUAUAUUUAUACAGUAAAAUAAAACCAGAACAAGUGGAACAAAUUUUUAUAUGUGUAUUUGUAAUUGUGAUUGAAAUUAGAGUCAGUAAUUAUUUGUAUUUAUUUUGUACACUGUCUUCUUAUACUGAUAACCUCAGGCACUGCAACUUAAUACUUGAAGGUCAGUUUACAGUUUCAUUAAAACAGUAAGUUACUGUUCAAUGUUUCCUUGGAUUACCUGCUGCCUCUCCAUUUAUGCUCCCAUAGUUGUAUCCCAGUAAUAAACAGUGAUGAGAGUUUUAAAGGGCAGUGCUCCGGUGCAGCAGUGACAAAGACUGAUUGUGACUAUCUUCAGUUCGCAUUGUUUUAGUGAUUUCAUUUCAACUUCAGUCUUCGUAUUAGUCAGAGUAAUAUGAAAUGAAAACAAGUGUAUGUUGAAUCCGCACUAUUUUUUUUUAUUUUAUUUGUAUUUUUAAGGAACGAACAAAUAUUCUGUCACUUGAUUGUAUAGGCUUAAAAUAGUGUGCG